AAACUGCUCCAUUAAUGAUCUGUCAUGUCACAGACGUCUUCUUUUGGGAACAUUAGAAUGAGAAAUAAAGCUACAACGUUGGAGAAGUUGGCAACAACUCCUCUAUCUCUCUUGCUUCUAUCAGAAGUCCUAUUUGCUCGCAUCCCUUCUUUAUAAAAAGACUUGCCCAUCGAGCUCUUCAAGUCACAAGCUUCAAGCCUCUUCUCUAAGCUCAUUGAACCUUCUGUUAGCUGAUACCGAAAAGAAUGAACAGUGGCGACUCAACCACCAUUGAUGUUCCCGACUCAGCUGCCGGAGGCAGCGCUGCUGCUAAAGGGAAAGCAGUAUCGGUCGUGGCAGCUCCACCGCCCCGGCCCGGAGGAAUGAAGAAAGGGGUGGCCAUAUUCGACUUCAUACUGAGGUUGUGCGCGAUUGUGACUGCGCUGGCCGCUGCCGCCGCCAUGGGAACAAGUGACGAGACUCUUCCCUUCUUCACUCAGUUCUUCCAGUUCCAAGCUAGCUACGAUGACCUCCCGACUUUUGAGUUCUUUGUGAUCGCAAUGGCACUAGUCGGGGGCUACCUAGUCCUCUCGCUUCCCUUCUCCAUCGUAUGCAUCGUCCGACCCCACGCCGUUGGUCUCAGAUUACUCCUACUCAUUUUGGACACUAUGGCGCUCACACUGACCACAGCAGCCGGGGCCGCGGCUGCAGCCAUAGUGUACUUGGCCCACAACGGCAAUCCGAACACGAAUUGGCUUGCCAUAUGCGGGCAGUUUGGCGACUUCUGCCAGAAAGUGAGCGGGGCCGUGGUGGCGUCGCUCAUCACGGUAGUUGUCUUCGUGGUGCUUGUGGUCCUCUCCGCCAUGGCUCUUCGUAGGAUCUGAGAUGAUCCCAGCUGACCGAUGGAUACGGAGGAGUAUCAAGACAAUUUCAUUACGUGUGUUUCAUGAUGUUGUUGGUGUGUGUGUGGUGGUGCCUGUGUUGACAAAAUGUCAUUCCAACGAGGGGUCAUAUCAAUUCUUGUAUAGGCAUUACUUUGAUGGAAAAAAAAUCGUUCCUUUCUCU